AUGCAUCCUAGCGUGUUCCUACCCUACCACCCGACUCAAUGGACGGAUUUCUCCGUGUUGUUGCCCAACUCUAUGCACCAUGGCUUCCUCGAUCAAGGAUAUCCGGCAUCUUGGGGAGUCAAUACAGCCCCUACUCAGCCGUGGUGGAAGGAUUCAGGACGUCUACUCUAUCACUCCCCCGUAAACUUUGCUCGCUGCGAAGCUGGAACUAACCGCCUUUUAAUCUCAGUGGUGGCUGAUUGUGUUUCGCCCCUGCAAAUCAGCAGCCUACUCGAUCUUUGGAGUCUCUCCACAAUCGGCGACCGCGAAGCCAAGCGUGAUCGUCUCUGA